AUGAUUACUCCAUUUUUCACAAUAACUCAAAAUGAAGAAUUCAUAUAUAUUGAUGUAAAGAUUUCACAUAUACGGUUCAGUGCACCAAAUAUUGAGAUGAUUGUUAAAAACGAAUUAUUUAUAUUCUCAUUACCACCUUAUUAUUUGAGACUAAGAUUUCCGUAUCCUUGUAUAGAUGAUGAAAGGUCUCAUACAGAAUUUGACUCCAAGUCAGAAAGUGUUAAAAUAAAAAUACCAAAGGAAAAUAAAGGUCAAUUUUUUCCUGAUUUAGAUUUGACUGCAAAAUUAUUGGCAAGAAGUAAUAAUAACGAAGUACAAUCUACUGAACAGAGGAAACCACUAAUUGAAGAAUUGGAUGUGAAUAAUGAUAAUAUAAUAAACAGUCAAGCCGAAAAAGAUUUAAAUGAAGGUGAAAAUUUCAACUGGGAAGUUGAACAGGAAGUUCCAAAGAACCCUACAUUAGGACCAAAUAUACAAGAAGAUAAUACUUUAACACCAGAUGUAAAAUAUGGGUUCAAUAAUCAAUAUGAUGGUAUAGUUGGGGUUAGUGUCUCAAAUGGUAAUGAUAUCAAUGGUUUAGGUAACCCUGAACAAACUCCAGAAAAUGAUAGAAUAAUAGAAAGAUUGAUAAAGGAAAAUAUACAAUUUGAUCCAGAGAUUUAUGCUGCUGAUUAUAUUAUGGAAAAGUACCCAACGCCAGAUGAUGACAAGAAUUUCAAAGAGUUAAUAGAUUGGAAGAAUCCUCAAAUUAUGAAAUUUCUCAAGUGGUAUAAGUCCCAACAACAACUACAAGAAAAAGAUCGUCAAUUCAUCAUGCCAAUAGAAUUUAAUAAAAAAGAACAAGAACAAAUGAUGGAUUUACCAAGAAAAAGUUAUUUAGUAGAUGAAUCAUAUAAACCACAAAUAUUAAUUACUAUACUAAGUUUAUUAUUUGCAUAUCAAUUUGACAUGAGAGAGACUGAAGGUGAACACAAUGUCGAAAGUGCAUGGACAAUAGGUAAAAUAACACCUCAAUUUUCUUAUUUAGACUCAAAAUUGAAUUUGAACUCCAAUGACAAUUUAUUGAGAUCAGCUAUAAUAAUAGGUGUUAGAAGAGCUUUAACAUUUCCCCUUCAUAGAAGUUUUAAAUUAUGUGAAAAAGUAUGGGAAGAUGUUUAUUAUAACUUAAGAGGUGGUAAAAGAUUGGUACUACAAUCAUUAUUAGACUUAAAGGAGUUGUUCAGGUAUCAUGAUAUCUAUUAUGUAUAUGAUAAGAUUUGGAUAGAAGAUUUAUGUUCUUAUUUAAUAAGUGAUAAUAUUUCUGAGUCGACUAUAAGAUCAUUAGCUCAUGAUUUAAAGAAAAAUUUAGAUGAGAUCAAAAAAUCCGAUAUAACAUUUGAAAAAGCUGAUGAAGAGAAAAUAGAAAUUGAUCAAGACGGUAUUGGAGAACAAGAACAGGAAGAUGAUGAAAUGGUGGUUUUGAGUUUGGAAGAUAUCGAAGAAAUGGCUGAGAAUCUGUACAAAGAAUAUCAAGAACAACAAUAA